UCUGACUCCUCACUGCCCUAAAGCCCUUCAUUUCGCUUUAGCCCUUCUGCUUCGUUACCGCCCUUCCUAUACUCUAUCGCCGCCAGGAUCUGCGUUUUUGUUUUGGAUCGUGAAGAUCUAUGGAUUCCAUGGAAGAAUUUCUAUGCGGAGAUCGGAAAUGAUGGGGCUUUUGCUGUUUAUUUGGGUUCUUUUUGGUGGAUGGACGCCGCGGAGCUGCCCUCGCCAGUAAAUGUGAAGGUUGAUAAGCUUAUGGAAUUAGAUGAUUUGGAUAGAGUCGGGGAGAUCGAGGCCAGGAGUUUGGCGGGGAAAGAGGCCUCCGCUUCUCAUAAAAGUUCUGGCUCAGGUCAUUGUCGUAUAGAGUGUUCCAGAAAUAAGAGGGUUGAUGAAGAUUCUUGUGUGCAUGACAAUCUGCCUUCCCGUCCCCAGUGUGGAGAGAACAGUAAGGGGCAUGAUGUUGAGAAGGUUGAUGGGCAUACCCCAUUAUCACCAAAUCAAGAAGGAAAACUUCUUGGACGAAAAUAUUCCAAAAGACCUGUUGGUAUUCCAUCUAAAAGGCCAAGAAUUGAUGAUACUGAAUGUUUAAUGAAGGAGUCAGGGACUGGUCGUCAUCAUAGUAUCUCCAGUAAGGCAGGAUUGGACCUUGUAAGGUGCACAUUAGCUGAUAAAUCGCAGAUUGUCAAACUUAAGCGUGUUCAUGAUGGAAGAAAGGCUGAUAAGAAGUUUUUUAGAGCGAGUGUGAAGAACAAAUAUGAAUCUCUUACAUCCAAGGCCAUUUUAGCUUGCAGUGAUACUUUCUCUGGUGGAAGCAAUAUUCUUGGAACACAUGGUUCAAAGUCAGAUAUCCAUGAUAUUGCCAAGAAUUUGGAUGAACUAUCCCUCUGUGAGCUUCUAGAUGGAAGUUACAAGUUUCCUAAGUUAUUAGUGGAUAAGGGAAAGAAGUAUUCAAAUUCAAAUGAUAGCAUUCUUCUUUCCGUCAGAAAGGCUUGCUCCAUUCUCUGUCCUCCACCUCAUGGUAUUGCAGAAAAUGCCAGCAAUUUAAAGGCAUCUCAAAGCUCCCAGGACCCUAGUUUUUCGACCGGGAGUAGUUCUGAUUGUGAAACCAAAGAUAAACAAUUGGAAGAACUGGUUACAAAGGACAAGGAACAGGAUUCGCUUCAAGCAAACUGGAGUGAGUCUACUGUGCUUCAGCCUAAGAACAUUCUGGAGCAAUUGGGACUGCCUGCAGGUCAUGAGCUUGAGGCUUCUUUGUUUAAUCCUAGCGUCACUUCAAUUCCUGUACAGCUUACCCCAAAAGCUAAAAGUUGCAGUUACAUUGGGAUGCCACCUUUCCCUUGGUCAUUUUCUCAUGGUGGAAAUAGCAAGCCUGUUGAAUAUUGUAAAGUGAACUCUACUAAAAACUCAUGUCAUGGUAAAUGGGUUAGAAUAGGGAGCAGCUCCACCUCAAUUGAGGAUGAUAAAGGUUUCUUAUCGUGUUUGGUAUUCAAGGAAUAUCCACAUAAUGUGGAUACUUUGAGCCAGCAGAAAAUUGAUGAUGUUCUUCAAGUCAUGAGAAGUUUUAGUUCAAUUCUCCAGCUUCCCUCUGAUGGGCCGUCCAGUAAAUCUAUGGUUAUGGGAAAUCAUCCUGAUGUUGAAGUUCCAGAGAUUAUGAACUCAGUUCAUGAAUCUGGUGUCCCUGGUUCAUUCAAUUCAAAAGCAUACCAACUGAAUGAUAUUGCCCAAUCCUUGAAUGGUACUUACCUUGAUAGUGAUUCUAAGGACCAUACAUCUGGAGUAGUUUCAGUGUGUGAGAUGAACCCGGACACUUCCAAGUUUAAUUCAGCAUUGAAGGAUAAAGCAGUUUUGAUAGAAUGUAGAACAGCAAACAUUGAUGGUUGUUCUGUUAGUAGUGUGAAUACUGGAACCAAUAGCAGUUCAUGGCAGCCUCCUAACUGGGAUAAGUAUAGGCAAGUUUAUUCCUCUGAGUUACUCUCUGCUGCCGAAACACUAUUUGAGAUGGCUUGCAUCUCUGAUCCAAUGAUAGCUUCAAAGCAUUCUAAUGGAAGGAUUAGAUGGCCGAAGACACCUUCAAUGAAGACGAUGAAAGCUCGCAAGUCCUCAAACUCAAUUGAUAAACCAGACAGGUCCUUUCCCAUUGCAGGGCACAAUAAUCUGAUCAAACAAGCAAACAUACCAACUGCAAAACAUCAGCCAGCAAACGAUAGAAAAACAAAUUUCAUUCGUCCAAGUAGUAGCGGCCGCGAAACUGUAAGAUGGUCAUCAAUUCCCAUGUCAACUUCUUCAUCCCCUCAUAAAUUAGAGAAGGAUCUCAAUCAAAGAUUGCCGCAGGGAAAUACCACAUUCAGGCCAUUAUUGCCACCAUUUUCUUCUCGAGCUGAUAAGACUUAUGAAAGUCAGAUCAGGAAAGCACCCGCAAAGCCUCCUUCAGUUGCUUUUGAGGGUUCCUCCAUCAGAGAUUGGAUUAGGGGCAGGAACAAGAGGUUUUAAGUGAUUUGUACAUUUUCCUAACACUUCAGUGGAUGUAGCAGCAACUAUCUGCCGCAAAAUGAUUGCGAAGGACGCAUGUCAAUUUGCAACUUGAUCAGAGAUUGAAUUAACUUCACCUAACAUUAUUUUGUAUAGCCUGACAUGGCUGAUCAUAAUUGCAGCUAUUAGUUUCUGGCUAUCCCUUUCUGUUGGGAAAGCUUUACUUUGUAAUUUGGCUGUGAAUUCCUUUCGUAUGCAUAAUUGUCCCAGAAAUGUGUUACUCCCAUGCUUCUUAUCUCGUUCACUUAGAAGCCAUAAAUUGUGUAACCAGAUUACUAUUGUUUUA